AUGCGCUUUCAAGGCGUUGUGCCGACGGCUUUAUUGGCCAUCUCAUGCACCGACAAGGCGUGUGCUUCCAAGCAUGGACGCUCUGAUCAGCCAGUGCACGAACCCUCGGUCCUAGACAGGAGAACAUCAUUGUCUUCGGAGGAGCGUCAGCUCCGCUCACACGAUAACUUUCGAUUUCUCAAUGACGAGACGAGGCCCUACCUCGUGGAGAGCUUGCCUGAUGUGCCAUUCGACGUCGGUGAAUUGUACUCGGGAUCAGUGCCAAUCGAAAAGGGUAACAGCUCGAGAACUCUCUUCUUUGUGUUCCAGCCGACAGUGGGGGAGCCUGUGGACGAAAUUACAAUCGAGGUUAAUGGGGGCCCGGGUGCUAGCUCCCUCGAAGGGUUCCUCCAAGAAACCGGCAGAUUUGUUUGGCCACCAGGAACCUAUGCGCCAGUCAUUAAUCCGUAUUCCUGGGUAAAUCUGACUAACAUGUUGUGGGUUGAUCAGCCCGUUGGGACGGGGUUUUCUACAGGCACACCUACUGCUACCACUGAAGAGGAGACGUCCAGGGACUUUAUUAAUUUCUUUAAGAACUUUCAAGACAUCUUUGGAAUCAAGAAAUUCAAGAUUUACGUGACCGGUCAGAGCUAUGCUGGGCGUUAUGUGCCGUACAUUGCUGCGGCAAUGCUGGAUCAAAAUGACAAGGACUAUUAUGACGUCCAUGGGGCACUGGUUUACGACCCAGUCAUUGGCCAAUUUGACUAUGUGGGACAACAAGUGGCUGCUGUGCCAACUGUGCAGGAGAACGCUAACAUCUUCAACUUUAAUGCAAGCUUUAUGAAUCAACUACAAAGUCUUCACAAAUCGUGUGGUUAUCAGGACUUUAUAGACGAAUAUCUUACUUUCCCUCCAUCGGGGGUCCAGCCUCCGAAGUCUUUUGACCCUACCAGCGACGCUGAUUGUAAUAUCUAUAACAUGAUCACGGAUGCAGCUUAUCGAGUCAACCCUUGCUACAACGUGUACGCCAUCAACCAGAUGUGUCCCUUUCUGUGGGAUGUUCUUGGAGGGCCCACGAAACUGCACUACCUACCCGCCGGAGCCACGGUGUAUUUCGAUCGCGAUGAUGUCAAGAAAGCUAUGCACGCACCCAAUAUGACCUGGUCCCUGUCCUCGCUCCAGCCUGUCUUCGUUGGUGGCGACGCCGGAGUUGGGAGACUGGGUGAUUUGUCCGCCAACCCAAUCGAACGUGUUCUACCCCAAGUGAUUGAAGCCACAAACCGAGUUCUCAUCAGUCACGGAGAUUACGAUUUUAUUCUCCAGACCAAUGGAACCCUUUUGGCUAUCCAGAACAUGACUUGGAACGGACAACUAGGAUUCCAGUCUCAGCCGAGCACCCCGAUUGAGAUUGGUCUGCCGGACCUCCAGUAUGCGGAGGUGUUUGAAGAGAACGAUCUCUUCUCAUGGCGCAGCGGCCAGGGAGUAAUGGGCAUACAACACUAUGAGAGAGGAAUGAUGUGGGCGGAGACAUUCCAGAGCGGCCACAUGCAGCCUCAGUACCAGCCCCGAGUCGCCUACCGUCACAUCCAGUGGCUACUCGGGCGGAUUGAAGAAUUGUAG